AAUAAAACAUGGCGUCGCGUAUUUUGCCCCUGCAUUCAAAACAAUGUUUCGCUCAUUCGUCUUCCACUUGUAGGGUUAAGUUACUCUUCCGAAUGUAUACUUCAUCCUGGACUACAAGAAUUAUGUCAGAGUACGCUAAGGAUGUGAAUGGGGUAGAGCCAAAGGAAACAGAAACUACAAACCAUUUUAUCACUUCGUCAGACACUAAACACGUUGAGAGUAAAUGGAAACGUAAACUGCUAAAUACUCAGUAUCGCUGUGACGCGAUUUUUGUUCUUGGUCCAAUGGGAGCAGGAAAAACAACUGUAAUUAACAACGAAUUCAAAACGCACCCAGUCUUCGGAAACUAUGCUUACGUCGAUACCGAUGAAAUUAUGGGCAUGCUGAAGGGCUUUGAGUCAAACAAAGUUGAAGAAUAUUAUCCUAUUGCACGAAACAUCGCGAUUCAUCUCACUGACUGGAUUUUGGAACAAAAGAUUAGCUUUGUGGCAGAAGGCACGUGUGUGAAAUACAUGGAACUCAUUGACUACAUGCACCGUUUAAAAUCCGUUGGUUAUCAUGUCAGGGUGAAACGCUUACCUCGAGUGCCAUUAGGGACUGUCCUUGAAAGAUCAAAACUAAGAAAAAAUCGAGUCGUUCCUGAUCACGUCGUAAAGUCUAUUUUAGAGGGGUCUAAACUUGGACUGGACAAGUUGUACGAGUUUAACAAGAGAGAGUUUCUCUUCGAGGGUAUGGAUUUACACGAGCGAAAUGAGGAGCUCAGACCAUCCUUUGAAAUGCCCACACCAACAGCCUAAUACCUCGCGCGUGGUUUGGGGGAAGUGCUUCAUUAAUUUGAAAGUGACAGUGAUCUGAUUGGAGACAAAAUUGACCAAUAAGAGUUAAUUCCAGUAAAACCUCGUUAAUACGGUCACCAAUGGGCCAAAAAAAAAGGCCGUAAUAACGAGGAGACUGUAUUAAUGAGGGUUUCUUUACAAGAAAAUGUAUGGUCGUAUUUGCCAGGCGGCCAAAAAAAGUUGGGCAUAAUAACGAGGUGACCAUAUUACCAAGGUGGCUGUAAGGCAGAGUUCCACUGUACUGGUAAGAUCAUUUGAAUUAUUGCCUUUUCAACUGCCGAGUGGAUGAGUAUACAACUUUUGUAACUCAUCAAACAAAUACAGUGGUUCAACACCUGGGUGCACAUCAGUAGAGUUAUCGACCAAGCUUGUGCUUAAGAUGGCUGGAUAUUGGCCAAGUUCUUUUCUGCAUUCUUAUGGACUAAGAGAAAGUCAAGGUCAGUAAAAAUGCAAAAAAAGAACUGACCGAACAAGCUUGGUUGGUAAGAAAUUUAUCAUAUCCUUCCUGCCCAUUCCCAAAGGGAGUCCAGUGUUCUGACCUGUGAAAUCCAGAGUGCCCAGCAUAUGACUUCUGUGAAACAAUAAAAUUAAUGAAUAUUUUUCUAGAUGUCUCGGAGCAAAAGUUAGUUGCCAGGAGCUACUUGACACUACUAGGGCACAGCCCUAAUGAUUACGUAAUUUGCAUCAAAGUGUUUGACAUGCUUUUAAUGCUUUUGUCUAUGAACACACUGUUAUUUAUAAAAGCUAAAUCUUUUUUUUGCUACCUUUGCUGGCAGUUUGUUGUUUUUGUUGUAUAUAUAUAUAUAUCCAUGAAAUCUUGAAGUUAGCUCUUUGUCUCAUCUGUCUUCACAAUCAAGGACUAGCCUAAAAUGUCAUCUAAAUGAGUACUCUUACAUCUUAGAUGUAUCUUAUGUAGUGUAACUACAGUGGAACCCUCCAGUCACCUCAUUUUGUAGCCAUCUUUUUAUUAUGACCUUUUUUAUUGGAGCAAAAGGCCCAUACAUUUCUUCCAACAUUGAAACCCCUUAAUAAUGCUUCCUCAAUAAUGCAGCCAAUGGCCCAAGUCUGAAUUUCAAAACCGGUUAUUUUGCAUAUUGAGGAGGAGCCCAUGUCGCUUUUGGUAUUUCACCAGAGUAUUUGCAAUUGCAGUUGUUGCUGUCAUAAGUAGGUAAUUAAGUAACUUUCAUUAAUGUGGUCCAAUACGCUUAGCUCAUUACAGUAUUGCAAGUAUCGCUAUUUUGCAGAUAUUGCUACAAAUAAAAAUUGCGAAAAGAGGAAAACAAAAACACUAGGAUACAAUUUUUAAAAUAUCUAUCUACGAUGUAAAAAUCUGUGUAAUAGUUUCAACCGAUCUUCAUAUUGAUUGUCGCCAUUUUAUCUGUCUUAUGUCACUGUUUCAAGGCCGUGUUGCUUGUCUGAAUUUUACCCUAACAGGGCCUCAUCAGAAAGCCCAACAUGCGUUAAUGAUGUCAGUAGUGUAAUAGCACCCCUACACAAAAUGGAAAAUAGAAAAGGUACAGAUAUAAAAUAUCACCAUCUUUGUGGAUAUAGCCAAAUUCCUAUGGCCCAUUAUGCAACUGUCUUAAAGGGGUUUCACUGUAGUUGGAAAAGAAUUAACUUAUUGUUUUCCCCAUUGUUUAACCAUAUCAGUCCUUGCAACUUUCUUUUUAAAAUGUUCUUUCUUUGGUUUGGUUUGGUUUGGUUUGGUUCCAAAGUUCAUUUUUGAUCAAUAAUGAAUUGUUAUUUUAGCAUUCUUUAAUUAAUUAUUUUCGUGGGAGUCUCGAAAACAUGGUCUAGUAAUUAUUAUUGCUCAGUGUUGACUUAGCAUAUAGCGACAACAGUAGCCUGCAGAGCAGGAUUUCUGUUUGAAUAUUGUCACUUACAUAUACUAUUUGUCCCAAUUUGCUUUGUUUGGAGGCUAAAUGUACUUUAGCAACUUAGUUGAUAACAAGACAUAGUAUAGCAAUACACAGCAGCAUUAACAUUUCUCCUUUGGGAAUUACUAUUUUUUCAUACAAGUAACUUCUAUCUAUAAUCCACUAUGUGUAAAGUUGGUACACUAACUUCCAUUUCUUACUGAAAACAGUAAUGUCACUGUAGCAGUGGAAGGUCAUUGCAAAAAACAAUAAAUUUGUAAUGAAAAUAAGAAAUCCAUUUGAAUCAAAACGACUUAGUUAUUGUAAGCAAUAUUGAAACGUUUUGUAAUCAAUACCAAACACCAUAAAAUAUUAUUGUGCAAGAGCUUUUUAUGGUCUCUGGAUUUUGUGUUGUCCCUUUUGAAAUGUCUUUCAUUUGUUGUGUGCCGCAUAAUAUUUAUUGAAAGACAACAAAAUAAGUGUAUGAUAAAUUGUAAAGUAUUGUCCCAUAAUGGUUUUUAAUAAAUUCAGU